AUAAACUAAGCAUAAAGUUUCCAUAGAAUUGACCACUUUUCUCAGCCAGAUCUCCAGAUCUUAUCUGCCAAUCCCAAAUGCCCGGUGGCAAGGGUGGCAAAAAGAAACCCGCCAAAGGUGGCAAGGACGAAAAAGCCAGCGGUGGCGGUGGCGCAACAGCAGGCGGCGGCGGCGGUGACGACGACGAAGUCGACGAAGAGGAAGCGGACGCUAAGCCGAAAAAGGGUAAAGGUAAGAAGGGCAAAGGCAAGGGUGGCAAAUCGUCCAAGUUCCAGGGCGAUCUGUUCAGCGAGGCCGCGAUGGAGAACGCCUACUACGUGUGUCACAACAUUCAGGAUGUCUUGAAAUCACGCGGCUUUGCCUGGCCCGAGGGGCAGAAGAAGAAGAAAAAGGGAAAGAAAUGAGCGUCGAACAGUUGGUUGUGGGUGUUCAGCGGUAUAGACUACUUGUAGGCGAAUAAAUACUGUCGAAAUGAAUUAUAGCAAAAACGAUCUGUUAUAGAAACAAAUGUGAUUAA